AUGUUAGAUCAGCUGCUUUACAACGACAUAAAAAGGCGAGCGAACAUAAGAGUUGAGCCUUCUUCUUUCGUAGAUUCUCCAGUCGACGAACCAUUCUUGAUAUUUCCAUCCCGUAAUGCCAAUAUUAAACCGAUAUGUCUACCGGUGAGCGAAAUUAAUGACGAUCUAACGGGAAAAUCGGCUAUCGUCUCCGGAAGGGGUGCUACGGAAAAAGGUUACAAAAGCCCAAUACUUCUCAAAGUAUCAGUACCCGUGUUGCCACUGUCUGUUUGCCUUAAAGUGUACCAACAGUUUGCUCCAAUUACGGAUCAGCAAAUAUGUGCCGGUGGAUACAAUGGUAGAGACUCAUGUGGAGGAGACAGCGGUGGACCGAUGAAGUAUGUCGGACUUGUUGACGGCUCGCCUAGAUACAUACAGUACGGAAUUGUAUCAUUUGGCCCGAGACAAUGCGGUGCCGAUGGGCAACCGGGUAUUUACACCAGGAUUGGGAGUUAUAUCCAAUGGAUUUUGGAUAACAUGGAAGAAUGA